AUGUCAUCUUUACUUCGUCUUCUUCGACUUCGUUAUUUAGUUUUGAGUACAACUGUUGGUGGCAGUUAUGUAGUUCAUAAAAAACACAAAGAAAUACAAGAGAAACUACCAGAUAUAUCAUGGAUGAAACAGAACACGCCUGAACAAGAUAUUGAAGCAUUGAGGAAACAUUUAUUCGAUUUAACAAGUACUACUUCAUUUCCUGAUACCAGUAAUUUAUUAGAUCGCAUUAGACAAUUCCAUGAAAGGCUUACUGAUUAUCUUUUAACAACAACAUUUUCAAUUUUAGGAUUUUUAACUCUUGGUUCACCUUUCCUAUUCAAUAAUUAUGAACAAAAACCAUCAAAUGCUUUUUUUAAUCUGGCUAAAUCAUAUCAAGAUAGCCAAUCAACAAAUGAAGAGCGAGAAAAAUCAAGCAAAACAGCUCACGUUCAAGCACAUGAACGCCAAGAAAAAAUUCAGCAAGAAAUGAUGGCUAUACAAAUUAAAUAUCAACGUGAAAUAGAUCGAUUAGAAAAAGAAUUACAAUCAUUAAAAAAACAACUUCUAUUAAAACAAGAUAAAAAUUCAAGUGUAAAAAAAUUACGAAAAAUUAAAAAAUCACUCAUCGAUAUGUACAGUGAAGUAUUAGAUGAAUUAAGUGAAUAUGAUACUAAUUACAAUAUUCAAGAUCAUCUACCUCGAGUUGUUGUUAUUGGUGAUCAAAGUUCGGGUAAAACUAGUGUACUUGAAAUGAUAACCCAAGCACGUAUAUUUCCUCGAGGUGCCGGUGAAAUGAUGACGCGUAGUCCAGUAAAAGUUACUUUAAGCGAAGGUCCUUAUCAUGUUGCAAGUUUUAAAAAUAGCAGUAAAGAAUAUGAUUUAACAAGAGAAACAGAUUUAGCUGCUCUUCGAAGAGAAAUUGAACUUCGCAUGCGUGCAUCUGUUAGAGACGGUCAAACAAUCAGUAGUGAAGUUAUUUCACUAUCAGUAAAAGGUCCCGGUCUUCAACGUAUGGUACUUGUUGAUUUACCCGGCAUUAUUAGUACGGAGACAAUCGGUAUGGCAUCAGAUACAAAAAAUUCAAUUGCACGCUUGGCGAAUAGUUAUAUGUCGAAUCCAAAUGCUAUUAUUCUUUGUAUUCAAGAUGGAAGUGUUGAUGCAGAACGUAGUAAUGUAACUGAACUUGUUUCGAAAAUGGAUCCAUAUGGUAAAAGAACUAUUUUUGUUCUAACCAAAGUUGAUUUAGCUGAAGCUAAUCUUCGUGAUAGUGACCGAAUUAGAAAGAUUCUUGAUGGCAGACUAUUUCUAAUGAAAGCUUUAGGUUAUUUUGCAGUUGUUACUGGCAAAGGAAGUGCCGAUGAUCCAAUAGAGUCCAUUCAAAAAUAUGAAGAAGAAUUUUUUCAAAAUUCUAAACUAUUUCGUGAUGGGGUGUUUAAAGCUACUCAAACAACAACACGUAAUUUGAGUUUUGCAGUUAGUGAUUGUUUUUGGAAAAUGGUUAAAGAAAGUGUUGAACAACAAUCUGAUACUUUUAAGGCAACAAGAUUUAAUUUAGAAACCGAAUGGAAAAAUAGUUUUCCAAAAACACGUGAACAAGAUCGAGAUGAAUUGUAUGAAAAAGCUCGUGGUGAAAUACUUGAUGAAGUUGUAAAUCUAAGUCAAAUACCUAGUCGUCAAUGGGAAGAAAAUUUAUCAAAACAUCUGUGGUCAACGAUGUGCAACUUUGUUUUCAAUGAUGUUUUUGUUACAGCUUCUCAAGCAGGAUCCGUCGGCGGGUUUAAUACAACUGUUGAUGUUAAAUUACAGCAAUGGGCUGAAAAAGAAUUACCACGUCAAUGUGUUCAUAUUGGUCACCUUGUGUUACUUGAUGAAUUUCAAGGAUUAAUUGAACGUGAUCAAAAAAGUCGUUCCUAUGAUUCAAUUACGAAUGAUGUAAAAAUGCAUGUUGUUCAAGCAUGUCGUUCUAGACAUCAAUGGGAUGCAAAAGCUCUUGAUUCACUUAGAGUCAUUCAAGCGCAAGCAUUACAAGAUCGUAAUGUACCAGAUAAACAACAAUGGGAAUCGGCUACGAAAUUUAUGGAAAAUGCUUUACGUAAAGAGCUAGAACAUGAAGAAUCAGAAUUAUUAUCGAAUACGAAUCAAAACUCAUGGAAGACAUUAAUUGGCUUUCAAACAUCGACUAUUGAAGAAAAAAAUCGACAGCAAUGUGUUAAAGAAUUAGAAAAAGUCUUAACAAGUAGACAACAGUUAAAUCAAACAACUAAAGCUAAUCAAGUGCUUCGCUCUGUUCUUGAUCAAGAUGAAUUGACAACUGUAAAAAAAAAUCUUCAAUCACAAAAAGUCGAUGUUUCUAACGAAUUUAUCAAUGAUACCUGGCAACGUGUAUACAAAAUUCAUUUUCUCAAACAAAAUCUAACGACAUGUUUUGAUUGCCGUCGAUUUUUUUAUUAUUAUCAAAAAGGAUUUUCUGAUCAAGGCCUUGACUGUCAUGAAGUUGUUUUCUUUUGGCGUUUAAAACGUAUGAUCGAAAUAACAAGUAAUGCGAUUCGACAACAAAUAUCAAAUAUUGAAACUCGUCGACUCGAAAGAGAAGUCAAAGAAAUUCUAGAUGAUUUCAGUGGAGAUGAAACAUUGAAGGCAAAUCUUCUUCAAGGAAAACGAGUAGAUUUAGCAGAAGAAUUGAAACGUGUUCGACAAAUUCAAGAAAAACUAGAAGAAUUUAUUGAAGCUUUGAAUACAGAAAAAUAA